AUGAUGACUCAGCGGAAAUAUAAAAUUUCUUUUGGCCUUCUCUUCCAUUUGGCCUGCUCCUUUGUGUAUGGCUUCCCUGCUGAUUCUGGGACUGAAUUCCGGUCUGCCUUCUCUGUCGCCAGGACCAGCAGCAUGGAAGGAAGUACUGAGAUGGUGAUCACCUUUGAUAAGGUCUAUGUAAACAUAGGGGAGGACUUUGACCCCAAAGCUGGACUAUUUCGAUGUCGCAUCCCUGGAGCUUACUAUUUCUCCUUCACUGUCGGAAAGUACCCCAAGAAAAAUUUAUCCGUCAUGCUAAUGAGAAACAAGAAUGAAGUGCAGGCAAUUGUAUAUGAUGAACAUCACCGUAAAGAGCGAAAAGUGGCCAGCCAAAGUGCCAUGCUACAAUUAGACUACGGUGAUACCGUGUGGCUACGUCUACAUGGGGAUCCAAAGUAUGCCCUGUAUAGCAAUGUGGGCCCCUAUACAACUUUCAAUGGGUACCUCAUUUAUCCAGACACCUCUAGCUACUUCCAAAAUAGAGUAGGCUCUCCAGAACUAGGGAAAGAACCUUCUCAACCUCCCUCUCAUGUCAUUCAGCAGCUUUCCAUCAACCAAAACCAAGUCUCAGAAAGACUCCUGCUUUCCGAUGAACCAGCUAGACCACAGGAUCCUCGCUCUGCCUUUUCAGCUGCCCGUUCCGAAAGCCUCCUAGGAUCGGAUGAAAAGCAAACCCAGCACGAGCCCAUCACAUUUGACACCGAGUUUGUGAACAUUGGGAAUGACUUCAAUUUUUCAACUGGCAUCUUUGCAUGUCGUGUUCCAGGCGCCUACUAUUUUUCAUUCACCAUUGGCAAAAUGCCUUUCAAAACAAUGUCAGUAAAGCUGAUGAAGAACCACAAUGAAGUUCAGGCCAUGAUCUAUGAUGAUAACCACUCCAAAAGGAGGGAGAUGCAGAGCCAGAGCAUUAUGCUUCCUCUGCAAUCUGGUGACAUUGUCUGGCUCUACAGUCACCAGCAUGAUGGCUACGGUGCUUACAGCAAUCAUGGCAAAUACAUAACCUUCACUGGCUUCCUUGUCUAUCCAGAGACUAAGACAAAAUUCUCUUUAGAUUCCAACAUUGCUCCAGGGUCAAACCUCUAAAUGUGCAUAUACAACACAAGAAGCAUAGGAGCAAUCUAGAUGCAUCAGACUCUUGUGCAGGUCCUGGACAAACAUCACUCUUCAUAUGAGAAGAUAUAAGCAUGCUAUUACA